GCAGGCCCCAAACUGAGUCAAAAGCAAAAAAAAGUCACAAUUGCUCAGUGCGGUGCGGCCGUGCCCCUCCAACCCGAUCCCUCGCCCGGCCGUCCAUCCACCCGCCCAUCCACCCCCUCCACCCUCGUGCCGUGUCCGACUUGAUCUCCGACCUCGUCCCGUUCGACUCGACCAUCCCGUCCGUAGCGGCAUGCUGAAUUUGAUCCGACGAGUUACAGAGUCGAUACCAAUUGCACGCGCCAGCCGUUUCGUCGGAUCACUCUUGAAUCGCACCACCACUACUGGCAACCCGGUCGCCAUCAAUAAUACCCCGCGCCAAUUCCCGACUUGUUUGCGCCAGCGCCCACACCUCGCCGCCGACAUCGACCACACCACCAAAACCAUGGCCGACAACACCAAGGACACCAAGGAGGACAUCAAGGCGCCCAAGCCGGCUGCCAACCUCCAGAUCAAGACCCCCAAGGGCACCCGUGACUGGCACGGCCCGGACAUGCUCCUCCGUGAGCAGCUCUUCCAGACUGUUAGCGACGUCUUCAAGCGCCACGGCGGCACCCCCCUCGACACUCCCGUCUUCGAGCUUAGGGAAAUUCUUGCCGGCAAGUAUGGCGAGGAUUCCAAGCUCAUCUACGACCUCCAGGACCAGGGUGGCGAGCUCUGCUCCCUCCGCUACGAUCUUACCGUCCCCUUUGCCCGCUGGCUCGCCAUGACCAGCACCCAGCAGGUCAAGCGCUACCACAUCGCAAAGGUCUACCGUCGCGACCAGCCCGCCAUUGCCCGCGGCCGUAUGCGCGAGUUCCACCAGUGCGAUUUCGACAUUGCCGGUGUCUACGACCCCAUGAUCCCCGACGCCGAGAUUCUGCGCAUCAUCGUCGAAGUCUUUGAUGCUCUCAAGCUCGGCAUCACCAUCAAGCUCAACCACCGCAAGAUCCUUGACGGUCUCUUCGCCGUCGCUGGUGUGCCCGCCGAGAAGAUCCGCACCAUCAGCUCCGCCGUCGACAAGCUCGACAAGAUGCCCUGGGCCGACGUCAAGAAGGAGAUGGUGGAGGAGAAGGGUCUGCCCGAGGAGGUCGCCGACAAGAUUGGCGUCUACGUGCAAAACGCCGGCAACAUCACCGACAUCAUCAACUACAUCAAGGCCGACGCCGACCUGCCCACCAACGACGACAUCAAGGCCGGCAUCCACGACAUGGAGCUGCUCGCCGCCUACCUCGAUGCCCUUGAGGUCACCGACAAGGUCUCGUUUGACCUCUCGCUCGCCCGCGGUCUAGACUACUACACCGGCCUGAUCUUCGAGGUCAUCAACAAGCCCGAGCCCGUGGCUGACGGCGACAAGAAGAAGAAGAGCAAGAAGGACGAUCCGGCCAGCCAGGUUGGUUCUAUUGCCGCCGGUGGCCGCUACGACAACCUCGUCGGUAUGUACGGCAAGAAGCAGAUUCCCUGCGUCGGUAUUUCGUUCGGUAUCGACCGUAUCUUCACCAUCCUCAAGGCCCGCGGCGAGAACGACAUCAAGAAGCGCGAGGUGGACGUGUUCGUCAUGGCCUUUGGUGGCGGCAAGGACUUUGACGGUCUCCUUGUGGAGCGCAUGAAGAUUGCCAGGCAACUAUGGAAUGCCGGCAUUCGCGCCGAGUACAUGGCCAAGGCCAAGCCUAAACUGCAGGCUCAGUUCAAGGCUGCCGAGGGUACGCCGCUGGGUGUCAUCCUGGGUGAGGAGGAGCUCAAGGCUGGUCAGGUCAGGUUGAAGAAGCUUGAUCAGGGUCAGGGCCAGAAGGAUGAGGGCAACCUGGUUCCUAUUGAUGACUUGGCCGACGAGGUCAAGAAGUUGUUGCUAUAGAUGAUGUGUGGCCAUUUUUUUGUGUGAAAGAAAAUAGAUUCCCCAGGUAUUGAGCGGGUGUUUGGUUAUUCUCGAUUUUGUUUUCUAGAUUUUGGUAUGCUUGUAUGCUUGUGAUAAUGUACAAUGGCCCUCUACCUGCUGUCCUUCUUUCUCUUCUAACCGACCUGAUGUAUCCCAACACUUCUGAUUUUAGCCGCCCGUCUAAGGAGCAUUAACCCCAACCCUCGCCUUCACCGGCACCAACCCCCACGUCCUCCAAAAUUCUCUCGAAUCAUACGCCCUUCCCAUGAGCUCCAUACUCCUCGGCAGCGCCUGCACCCCUUCCUCCUCCAUCAACUCCAUCACCCACUUCGCCUGCUCCCUCGGCUCCCCGUCUUCCUGUCCCUCGGUAGCCCACCCCAUCAGCAAACUCCACCAAUCAUACACGAACCCAUCCGUCAACAUCCACCUCUGCCCCUUUCCAUGCUCCUCCCACUUCUUCUUCUUCUCUCCGCCCUCCUCCUCCUUCUUCUCCUCCUCACAAGUCGUGAUAAUCUUAAACACAGCCCUCGCAAUAUCCAAUCCAUGAAUCAUGUGCAAACUCGUCUUGUGUCUCAUGGCCUCCUUCGAGAAAGCCACCCGGCUCACCCAAUUGCGCGGAUCCCUCGUCCCGCCCCACAGCCCAGACAGCGCAAGCACCAUGCCGUCCACCACCGACGAAGCAAGCAGUUCGUCUUCGGCUAUGGCGCGCGGGUCCGUAGUCAGGUAAGGCGAGUGUCGCGUCGUGAAACCAAAGGGUUUUUUGUUGUUGUUGUUCUUCUUCUUCUCGGCGGCGGCUUCCGCCUCGGCUUUGACCCUAGCUUCCCGUUCAGCUUGCUUUUCUUCUGGAGUUUUGGCUGCGCCGUGGCGUUUCCUCCGCCCUUCUACUUGCCAGAUACCCGUGCUGCCGAACUGGAUGAACCUGUACUUUUCUUGGGAAGGGCUAGGGAUAGGGUGUGUGGCAGCGUAGGUUUCUGUGAGCCAGGUACUUUGUCCUUUGCCGGUUAGGGGGAAAGUGAUGAGGAUGUAGCGCGCGCGCGGCAGGUUGGCGAUGGGAGUGGGGUCUUGCGAGUCUGGGUCGAAGCGGAAGGGGAUGGUGUCGAUGCCGCACACGGGACGGCCGGUGGUGGUGGUUGCGGCGAAGGUGAGGGAGUCGGGGUGUUGUUGGAGGAGGGGGAUGAGGAAGGUGGCGGUCCAGCCGGCGCCGAGGAUGAGGAGGUCGACGCCUUCCAUUUUUUUUUGUGUGUGUUUUGUUGACUUUGGUUUGGGUAAGUAUUUUGGGGUGGGUGAUAGAGAGUGGUUUGGUGAUGGAAGAGAGUGAGGUC